AUGUCUGGACGAGGAAAAACCAGCGGCAAAUCUCGGGCCAAGGCCAAGUCUCGCUCGUCCCGGGCUGGACUGCAGUUCCCGGUCGGUUGUGUUCAUAGGCACUUGAGGAAAGGCAACUAUGCUCAGCGGGUGGGUGCAGGAGCCCCUGUCUAUCUGGCUGCUGUGCUCGAGUAUCUGACGGCUGAAAUCCUCGAGCUGGCCUGCAACGCAGCCCGGGAAAAGAAGAAGAGCCGCAUCAUCCCCAGACAUCUGCAGCUGGCCGUCCGCAACGACGAGGAGCUCAACAAGCUGCUGGGAGGGGUGACCAUCGCUCAGGGUGGUGUGCUGCCCAAUAUCCAGGCCAUGCAAAUAAGCGAGAGAAACUCAACAAAGUGA